AAUAAAUUCCUCCGAUAGUGAGUGAUCAUAUAGGAUAUGCAUACGCAACAGCCUGCGCAGACAUUAAAAACACACACAAACCUCCAAGAUUCCGCCUGAAUCACAUAUACGAUAUUGAGAAAAGACUUAGCAAAAUGGGAGACGCACGAGAAAUAGAUACCCUGCCACCAUUGGCCAUCGUCGGGCUGUCCCUGAAAUUCCCACAGGACGCUGUGUCACCAGAGUCUUUCUGGGACAUGAUCGUGCAGGGGCGAUGUGCUACAACAGAAUUCCCCCCAGACAGGCUGAAUAUAGACGCACAUCACCACCCCAAUUCCAACCGCCUAGACAGCCUGUCAAUGCGAGGCGGCCACUUCAUGAAGGAGGACCUAAGCCUGUUCGAUGCUCCUUUCUUCUCCAUCACCGCCGCCGAGGCGGAGGCCAUGGACCCCCAGCAGCGAUUAGUUCUUGAGACGUCCUACCGCGCCCUCGAGAACGCCGGGAUCACCAUGAACGAGGCAGCGCGCUCAAAGACCUGCGUGUUCACCGGGUCCUUCGGGCACGACUACGAGACGCUGCAGAACAAGGACCUGCAGGCGAUGUGCAAGUUCUCAGCGACAGGGACAUCAAUGAACAUGCAAUCCAACCGAGUCAGUUGGUUCUUCAAUCUCAGCGGCCCCAGCGCAACAGUCGACACAGCCUGCUCGAGCAGCUUGAUGGCUGUAGAUCUCACCUGCCAGUCAAUCUGGAGCGGCGAUUCCAAGAUGGGCAUGGCGAUCGGGAGCAACACGAUCCUGGCUCUGGAAACGGGCCUCAUCCUUGAUAAUCUGGGCCUGAUGUCGCCGGAUUCCCGGUGCUAUAGUUUCGACAGUCGCGGGAAUGGGUAUGCCAGGGGUGAGGGUGUUGGCGUGCUGGUUAUCAAGCCUGUGGAGGAUGCGAUCCGCGACGGGGAUACGAUCCGAGCUGUGAUCCGGUCUGCUGCAUCGAAUCAGGACGGUAGGACUCCUGGGAUUACGCUGCCGAGUAUAGGAAUGCAAGAGACGCUUAUCCGGGAUACCUACCGCAAGGGGGGUCUCGAUAUGUCGGGGACGCGCUAUUUCGAAGCCCACGGCACUGGAACGGCGGUGGGAGAUCCAAUUGAGAGUAAAGCUAUUGGUACAAUCUUUCGGCCGUAUCGCACGAAUGAGGACCCGUUGUAUAUAGGAUCGGUGAAGUCUACCAUCGGCCAUCUUGAAGGAGCCGCUGGGGUGGCAGGACUUAUAAAGGCAGUAUUAGCCCUGGAAAAUGGAAUAAUUCCUCCAAAUAGCACCAACUACGAGAAUCUGAACCCGCGCAUUGAUGACGAGUUCCUUCAUAUCAAGAUACCAGAUAAGCCUGUUUCAUGGCCAACAAACACCCUUCGACGAGCAUCAGUCAGCUCAUUCGGUUUUGGUGGAUCUAAUUCGCAUGUCGUCUUGGACGAUGCAUACAAUUUCCUCCGUAUGCGCGGACUGCUGGGAAACCACAGCACCACUGUCCAUCCUCAAUCUCCAAACUCAGACCAAUUCCUCUAUAUUGACCACCUUUGCCAGGACGAGAAGAAAACAGACUCGCCAAAGCUCCUAGUAUGGUCCUCCGCAGAUGAAAAAGGAAUUUCUCGUAUCCGAGAAUCCUGGAAGUCCUUUCUGUCGACAACUUCAGUCCCCGAUAUCAAUGAUGUUUCAUACACGCUUGGAUCUCGCCGGACUCAUUUCCCAUGGAGAUCGUUCGUGGUGGCUAGAUCUUCUGAUGACUGGAGUGUCCUGCCGGAUAGAUUCACCUCUGCAUCGCGUUCUCUGGCGUCGCCUAACCUAGCGCUGGUGUUUUCUGGGCAAGGUGCGCAGUGGUAUGCGAUGGGCCGUGAGCUACUCCACGCAUACCCCAUCUUCUAUGAAAGUAUAAAUUCAGCAGGGGUUUAUUUACAGUCGUUAGGAUGCAGCUGGAGUAUUCUUGACGAACUACAGGUAUCAGAGUCCGAGUCCCAUGUCAAACAGCCAGAAUACAGCCAGACCAUGACGACGGCUCUCCAGGUAGCACUGGUAGAUUUGCUCCGGAGCUGGAAUUUAGUCCCGCGUGCUGUUGUAGGACACUCGUCGGGGGAAAUUGCUGCUGCAUACUCUGCCCAAGCUAUCUCCAAAGAGUCAGCAUGGAAGAUAGCAUACUUACGAGGGAAGUUAAGUAGCGGGCUGGAAACCCAUAGCUUGCGAAAAGGAUCCAUGAUUGCAGUUGGCCUCUCAUCAGACGAUGUUGCUCCAUAUCUUGAGGAUAUAAAGACAGAGCAUGAAGAUGCGCGGAUUAACGUUGCAUGCGUUAACAGCACAAAGAGCGUCACUGUCUCAGGAGACGAAGCCCUAAUCGAUAUUCUAAAGAACCGCCUUGACGAGGCAGAGGUGUUUUCCCGCAAGCUCAAGGUAGGAGUUGCGUACCAUUCAGCGCAGAUGGGGGAAAUCGCCACGGAAUAUCAAACAGCACUGGGGAGCUUGGAAAAGCCAUACCGGCAGGAAAAAACACGCCCUCAAAUGGUUUCUUCUGUUACAGGGACCUGGGCGGACCCUGUGGAACUGAUUCAGCCUGAGUACUGGGUUCACAAUAUGGUGUCUCCUGUAUUAUUCCUUAAUGCCUUGUCAACGCUUUGCUCAAGUUCAGGAGACCCUCCUAAGAAGCUAGACAGAAGCCAUAUCAGGGACUACCCUAUCCACCAUCUCCUGGAGGUCGGUCCACAUUCAGUAAUGCAGGGAGCAUGCAAAGACACACUCAAGGCUAUGAACAAGGACAAGUCGACCUCGUAUUUCUCAAUGCUGGUCCGAAACGUGCACGCCGUCGAAACAGCACUUACAGCUGCUGGAAAUCUUCAUUCAUCUGGGUAUCCAGUUGAUUUAUCCAGGGUUAAUAUGAAUAUAACCUCCGGAAAGAAGCCCAAGACCUUGUCGAAUCUACCGGAAUACCCCUUCGACCACUCAAAGUCCUACUGGCACGAGUCCCGCCUCAGCAAAGGCCAUCGUCUGCGGAAGUUUGGACGUAAUGACCUUCUCGGCGCCCCUGAUCCAAACUGGAAUCCCAUGGAUGCACGCUGGCGGCAUUUUAUCCGAUCUACUGAGAUGCCAUGGGUGCUCGACCAUAAGGUAAAUGAUACAGUUCUAUACCCCGGAAUGGGAAUGGUAAUCAUGGCCAUAGAAGCCGCAAAGCAACUUGCAGACUCCGGAAAGAGUAUAUCCGGUUUCUGGAUUAAAGAAGCCGCAUUCAAAGCUGCUAUCCGGGUUCCCUCAAACGCAGACGGGAUUGAAACAGGGUUCUACAUGCGUCCUCUGCAGAGUGCAGAUGCGAAAAACACGGGCUCUUUUGCGUUCAAGCUCUGCACCUUCGACAACGAGACCUGGACUGAGAACUGCACUGGGUCUAUACAGAUUGAGUAUGCGUUGGAGGAGGGAAAGACGCCGGACAGGAAAGACACGGAGAUUGCGCGCGAGUUGUUGAGUGACCAAGUAGAUCGCUAUACUGCGGUCCAAGAUGCAGCAGUCACGCCUGUAGAAGAUGCGGCCAUCUAUGAAAUGACGGCUCGGUGUGGCCUUGAUUAUGGAGAGACAUUCCAGCUGGUGACUUCGCUGGCGUGGCAUCGUGAAGACGAGAGUCAAGUUACGAGCAAGGUGCGCAGAGUCACUGAGGGCUUUGAAACUAUACACCCGACGACCCUCGACGCUAUUGUCCAGACAUCGAUAUGGACAACGACUCAAUCCGGAACUCAGAAAAUCCCUACAAUGGUGCCGACUCAAGUCAAAAAACUCUGGGUUUCGCACGAGGGCCUUGGUCAGCUUUCGUCGGAUGUACUGAGGACUCACGCUUCUAGAUAUGAGGAGCCUCAGUUAGGUACGGCACUCGACAUUGUGGCUUUUGAUGAAGGGCUGCAGCAGAAGCUGGUCCAUAUCUCUGGUCUUCGCAUGAAUGUGGUCAGCGCAGCAGGGGAUGAAGACGAGAUAAUAACCACCCAAGGGCAGCGAUGCCAUCAUCUUGAGUGGAAGCCUGAUCUUGGUCUACUGAGCAACGAGGAGAUUACUGCCCUCUGCAGGAAUGACCAGAGUCAAUCCGGACUAGACACCUUUUUCACUGAAUUGGACUUUCUCUUGACGGCUCGUGUUCUGAAAACACUGCGCCAGCUUCCCAGCGAGCCUGCCCAACCGCAUUUGAAGCAGUAUAUCGAGUGGAUGGUAGAGAGGAAGCGGCUCUUUGACGAAUAUCAGGUCCCAUUCGCGUUUGAGCCAUGGAGGAGCCGUCUGGAUGAUCCUGCCUACAUCCGAGAAGUCGAAGAGCGAGUCCUUAACACGAACAAACGCGGAUAUCUGAUCGUUUCAGUGGCACGCAACCUGCCUCUCUUCCUCACAGGCGAGCUCGAUCCAUUAGGGUUCCUCUUCCAGGGCGAGCAGUUGAAGGACUAUUAUUUCGAACAGCUCCACGACUCAAUCGGCCUAAAACGAUUCAGCACAUACCUCGACCUCCUCGCGCAUCGCAAUCCCCAGAUGCGCAUUCUCGAAGUCGGCGCCGGUACAGGCUCUAUGACGGACAUUAUGCUUCGCAGUCUAGGCCGCGGAGACGAGUCCAACGAGCGUCGAUACGGGCAGUGGGACUAUACUGAUAUCUCGCGGUCCUUCUUCGGGGACGCCCAAGACGAGUUUCGCCAGGAGGGUGACCGCAUGCGAUUUAACACGCUGAACAUUGAGCAGGACCCUGAGGCUCAGGGAUUUGAAUGUGGAACGUAUGAUGUUGUUGUUGCGUCUUUAGUAUUCCAUGCUACGGCUGAUUUGAAGACGACUCUAAUCAACGCCCGAAAGCUUCUCAAGCCAGGAGGAAAACUCAUUUUGAAUGAGAUUACUGCUCCAAACGUCAUCCGCACAGCCUUUGUAUUUGGUCUCUUGGAAGGAUGGUGGUUAAGCUCGGAGUCGUAUAGAAAAUUUGGCCCCUGCGUCGACACGCAGCAGUGGCACGAACUCUUCAUCCAGACCGGCUUCUCAGGGCUUGAUGUCUCCCUGCCAGACUACGACAAUGCCAACUGCUACGAAAACAGCGUGCUGGUCACCUCUGCAGUUGAGAGUACUUCUGACUCUGAACCAAGCAGCAUUGAAAUCGUCUAUGAUCCCUCAUCACCAGAGCAAGUACAGUUAGCUGAGAGUCUGACUCUUCCUGAUGUUGUUCUUGCUUCAAUUCACCAGCAUCAAGAGUGUUCCGACUCUGCCUUGCGAGUAUUCCUUCUUGAGCUCGUACAGCCAGUGCUCAGUGAUAUCAAGCCAGAGCUCUUUGAGAAGCUACAGCGUCUGCUUUGUUCCACCACCGAUGUCCUGUGGGUGGGAUCCGGUGGUAAAGCUUCCCCUCGGCCUCAUAUGCGCCUUGCUGAUGGCCUUCUCCGUGUACUGACGUCUGAGGACGACCGGAAGAGCUGCCACUUGCUAUCUCUCCAAGAGAACACCAGUCUAGACAACAUGAGGGAUCAAGUCACCAAGGUGAUUAAACUGCUACUCUCACCCGGUAAAGAAAGCGCGGAUACAGAGUACCGAGAAGAGCAAGGCCUACUGCAAAUCGGCCGGUUGAUGUCGUCUACGCAGUUGAACAGCCGCAUUACUAUACAAACAACCCCAAAGCAGCACAAAAUGCAGCCCUUAAAUUCCGCUGGCGUGCCCCUCCACCUGGACGCUCUUUCAUCCGGUUUAGUCCCUGGAUUCAAAUUCAUCGAAAGCCCAAUCGCCAUGGAGCCGCUGGGACCCGACGAGAUUGAAAUCGCAGUCAAAUGCGCUGGCGUGAACUUCCGCGACGUCCUAAUCGCAGUCGGCCAGUUGAACUCGCCUCACACCGGGUUCGAGUGUUCGGGUAUAGUAACUCGCACCGGAGAUGCCUGCUCCAGGUUCCAGGUCGGUGACUCCGUGGCUGCUCUGCAGGGCGGUUGCUUUGCGAACUUCAUCCGCCUGAAGGAGACAGCUGGUGUGGUCAAGAUCGGGUCUGGGGUCUCGUUUGCUGAGGCCGCCGCUGUCCCUAUUAACUUUGCCACGGCCUAUAUUGCCCUGCAUGAUGUUGCGCGUAUGCGCGCGGGCGAGUCUAUACUCAUCCAUGCCGGCGCUGGAGGAACAGGACAGGCUGCUAUCCAACUUGCACAGAACAUGGGCGUCACUGUCUUCGCCACGGUAGGAUCUGACGAGAAGAGACAGUUCCUCCAGGAUGCCUACGGUAUCCCCGAGACGCACAUCUUCUCGAGCCGGUCAACAUUGUUCGCGGAGGCUGUUAAGUCUCGCACGAAUGGCCGUGGUGUCGACGCCGUCUUCAACUCUCUGGCUGGUGAAAGCCUCAAGGCUUCUUGGGAAUGUAUCGCCCCGUACGGGCGGUUUUUGGAGAUUGGGAUCAAAGAUAUCCUUGCGAACGAUACCCUCCCGAUGAGGCAGUUCCUGCAUAAUGUCUCCUUUAGCGCGAUUAACCUGGCAACCAUGAUGGGUGAUCGGCCUGAGAUGUGUGCUGCUGCGUUGUCGUCUGUGUAUGCGAUGCUCGAGCAGGGGAAGCUCCGGCCCGCGCAGUAUUUGCAGGUGUACGGAAUUGGUGAAAUGGAAAGAGCCUUCCGGUCUAUGCAGAGUGGGAAGCACAUUGGGAAGAUUGUCAUUGAGAUGCGCGAGGGUGACGAAGUGAUGACGGUUCUGAACACCCGACCCAGCACCUCUCUAGAUCCAAAGGGCACGUACAUCAUAUCCGGAGGUCUAGGAGGUCUAGGACGGAAUAUCGCGCUUUGGCUGGUCGACCGCGGCGCUCGCAAUCUUCUCCUGCUGUCCCGAUCUGGCAGCACAAGCCCUAAGUCCCAAGAGCUGGUGAACGAGCUCAGCCAUCGCGGUGUCCGCGUCCUCACACCAUCCUGCAAUAUCGCAGACAUAGAAUCUCUAAACUCCGCCCUUGCCGACUCCCAAAAACAACUACCCCCAAUCAGAGGAUGCAUCCAGGCAGCCAUGGUCCUCCGCGAUGCGCUCUUCGAAGCAAUGCCCUACACCUCCUGGACCGAAGCCAUCGCGCCCAAAGUCCAAGGAACAUGGAACCUGCACCAAUCCCUCCCCUCGGGACUAGACUUCUUCAUCAUGCUCUCCUCUAUCACUGGUAUAUUCGGCUCAAAGGGCCAAGCCAACUACGCCGCGGGAAACACAUUCCAGGACGCGCUCGCCGCGCACCGAGUCGCCUUAGGAGAAAAAGCCACCUCGAUCGAUCUAGGCCUCAUCGCCUUCACAGGGGCCGUAGUCGAGGAUGUCCGGCUCCAGGAACGCGUCUUGUCAAAGUCAGUCCUGGCCCCAAUUACCGAGCCGGAAAUGCACGCCCUACUGGACGUCUACUGCGCUGCUAGCCUUGACGCCAGUAGUAUGCCAUGCCAGACGACCGUGCGCAUUGCUCCAAAUCUCGAUAAUAAUGCCAGUGCAGGCGAGACAGAGUGGCUGAACAAGCCUAUGUUCCGGAAUCUGCGACAGCAGAACCAAUCUAGUGGAAGUAACGCUGUCAGUGCGGAGGGGACGACCAAUGUCGCUGUGCUGCUUGGCCAGGCACAGACGGUCACCGAGGCGCAUGAGGCUGUUAUCCAGGCUUUGCUGGCGCGGCUGUCCAAGGCGCUGUCGAUUCCUAUGCCUGAGCUUGACGCGAAUAAGCCGCUGCACCAGUAUGGAGUUGACUCGCUUGUUGCGGUGGAGCUGCGCAGCUGGUUUGCGAAGGAGAUGCAGGCUGAUAUUGCGGUGUUUGAUAUCUUGGGGAGUGCGACUGUGACGUCUGUUGGGCAGUUGGCGACGAGUAAGAGUAGGCUGACGAGGGAGAAGUGGGUGGAUAAAGUGUGAUUACGUUCUGUUAGAUAUUAGACCUGGAAGAGUCCGUGGUAGACGUU